AUGUCAUACCCUUCGUCGAGUAGUCCAAAGGAAUUGAGAAGAUCUGGAAUGACCCCCCAACUAGCAAGUGAAUCAUCAACUAUGCCAUUUACAUCUGAAAGUGAAAAAAUUUUGGGAAGUGCAUCACACAUGACUGAUCAAAGCUGUCAAAAGAGUAAAGACGUAUGUAAAGAGGGAGAGGCUGAGGGGAUUGAGGCCAAGGGGACUAAUGAAGUAUCAGAUGAUGAAGGAGUUGAUCAACCAAAACCUGGUAUGGAGUUUGCCACUGAUAAAGAUCUUAUGACCUAUUACAAGCGAUAUGCCAAGCAACAAGGUUUUGGUGUUAUAACACAAAGGACGAAGAGAGAGGCAGAUGGGAGUGCCAAGUAUCUGACAAUUGGGUGUGCGCGGGGCGGCAAGUACCAUCCUAGCCACAAUAAUAUUUCAAGGCCAAGGCCAACAACUAAAACCGAUUGUAAGGCGAGAAUAAAUGCUCAUUUGGUGAAGGGUAUAUGGGUGGUGACCACUGUUGAGAUUGCUCAUAAUCAUAGUACCGUCAGCCCACAGAAGUCUAGGUUUUUCAGAUCACACAAAUGUUUGGAUGAAUACAGUCAAAGGAUGUUGGAUUUGAAUGACGGAGCAGGGGGUGGUGAUAUACUUACUGACUAUUUUAAGAGGAUGAGGUUGAUCAAUGAUGGCUUUGUUUCUGUUGUGAAUGUGGAUGAAGACUUGAGAAUCAUAAAUGUAUUCUGGGUUGAUGCACGAAGUCGAGCAGCAUACGAGUAUUUCGGAGAUGUUAUCACAUUUGAUACGACAUACCUAACAAAUAGAUACGGUAUGCCUUUUGCUCCUUUUGUUGGGGUUAACCAUCAUGGGCAGUCUAUAUUGUUAGGGGCUGGCUUGCUUUCAAACGAGGACACAGCUACUUUUGUAUGGUUGUUUUGCGCAUGGUUGCAGUGCAUGGAUAAUCGAGCUCCAAAAGCAAUCAUAACAGACCAAGAUCGAGCAAUGAAGUCUGCUAUUGCAUUGGUAUUCCCAGACACUCGCCACAGAUAUUGUCUAUGGCAUAUACUGCAGAAACUUCCCAAGAAAUCAGGAUCCCACUCCCAAUUCAAUAACGGGUUGAAAACUUCCAUUCUUAGUUCCCUAUAUGAUUCACAGGCAUGCGUAGAAUUUGAGGAGAAGUGGGGGCAACUGAUUCAAAAGUAUGACCUUGGUGAUAAUGCAUGGUUGCAAGGGUUGUACAACGAGAGGUCGUUCUGGGUACCAACUUACUUGAAGGGUGUAUUUUGGGCUGGCAUGAGCACUACACAACGGUCUGAAAGCAUGAAUGCUUUCUUCGAUGGAUUUGUACAUUCUGGUAUGACAUUGAAAGAAUUCGUAGAUCAAUUUGACAAUGCUCUGAGGAAGAAGGUGGAGAUUGAGACUACAGCUGAUUUCAUGUCCUGCAACCAAACCAUCCCAUGUGUAUCCCCAUUCCACAUUGAAAAGCAAUUUCAAGCGUUAUAUACAAACACGAAAUAUAAAGAGGUUCAGAAAGAGUUGUUGGGGAUGAUGGGUUGUAAUUACCUAUUUGUUAGCAAGGAAGGUUACAUUUCCACAUUCAAUGUUUUGGAUGAAAUUACCAUUGAGGAUGACCAUGUCAAAACCGUCAACUACUCAGUUUAUUAUAACGAGGAGGAGUGUGAACUGAAAUGCACAUGUGCAUUAUUUGAGAUGAGGGGGAUCCUUUGUAGGCAUGCGUUGAAAGUUUGUCAGAUGAAGAAGAUGCAUGUGGUACCAGAGAAGUACGUCUUGGAUCGAUAG